AUGGCCGAUAUACAGAAUCGACUUGGUCUUCGUGGUGAAGGUACCAAAGGCAAGGGUACACAUGACUCAGCGAAAUUCUUACCUCAAUUACCCGAAAUACGCGUUAAGCCACAAUGGACAACUCCUCGAGCACCAUUAUUUGUUCCCGGAAAGAAUAAACUUAAUGAAGUAGCAACAGAAAACGAACGAUUUCUACAAGAACUUGUUGAACGCGAUCCAAAACGAAAACGACUUCAAGGACCUGUUCGUAGUCCUGAUGCGAAAGCACUUGAAGCUGUACAUCGUAAAACGGUCGAUUCAAAAAAACAACGUGAAGAUUUUCGUAAAGCUCUUGUUGACAUUGUUACAAAUGCAGAUAAUGAUGGUGGAAAUGAUUUAAAUAAUUUAUAUCUAAAUGGAAAUGAUAAUACACCAGGUGUAUCUGAUAUGCCAACAUCGGUUGAAAAAGAUAUUUUACGUUAUCAUUUCUAUGUUCAUAAUGGUAUUGAUACAGAAUAUGUUGCUGAAUUAGAUGAUCAUCGUAUAAAUGAUACACUUUCACGUCUUCCACAUGAUUUACGACAUAGUUGGGAACCACUUGUUAAUUCCCUUACAGAUGAAAUGAAAGAAGAUUAUUUAUUAAGUGUUAAAAAAGCAAUUGUUGAUUUUGUUCUUCACGAUCCACGUGAAACAGAAGAAAAAGUUAAAGAAGAAACUCUUCCACAUCGUCAAGAAAUAGCUGUUCUACCUAAACCAUGGCAUGGAACAUUUGUUCAAGCAACAAAAUUUAUUGAAAAAAAUCUUCAUUCAAUUAAUCCAGCUAUGGCACAAGUUUUAUCAAUGUGGCAUAAAAAUAUAUUCAAGAAAUUAAAAGUUAUCGAUUGUGAUGAAUUUCGUGAACGAAAUGAUGCUAUUGAACUGUCAAAUUUUCAUUCAACUUGUAAACGACAUAUGGAUUCAGCAAGAGAACAAUUAGCUAAACGAUGGAUUAGUGAUAUUCAAACUAUAUUUUAUCAAGGUCAUAAACGUGGUAUUGUUCCAAGUCAAGAUGAUCCUAAAUUUCGUUCAUUUUUUAAUACGGUUGCAACAUUAAUGACACAAUGUUUGCAAGAUAUAACAUUAUAUACAAUUGAAGAUUAUACAAAUUUACUUAUAACACCACCAGAAUCAAUUAGAAAUUAUGAACAUAGUGGUUUUAUUGUUAAUAUGUUUUUAAGUGAAGAUGAAAUUAAAUUUGAACCAUCAUAUACAGAUUUUGAAACAGUUUUUCUUUCAAUGUAUGAUUUAAUUAUCGCUAGAUGUACAAAUUUACCAAGAAUUGAAGCAAAAUUAUUUUCUGAUCGUUCUACCAAUCAUGGUGACAGUCAAUAUUUAAUACCUGUUAUACUUCCAUCAAUACUUGAAUCACAUAAAGCACGUAUACGUGAAAUGUUACGUACAGAAUUUGAAGGACCACGUGAACAUGCUGCAACAUUUGAACAAUAUGCUGUUUUAAUAACAAAACAGGCUGAUACUGAUGUUGAACAAUUUUUAAAUCAAGAACGUUCAUUUAAUGAUUAUGUACAAGAAGUACGAAAAUAUAAAGGAAAAAUUGAAGACAUAACAUAUAAUUUGGAAAAAGUUGUUCGUCGUGGAAUGUUUGAAAUUCAUUGUAAUGAUUUAAUACGUUCAUUAGCGAAACGAGCAGAAGCUUGUAUGAAUCGUUUACUUGAACGAAUGGUUAAAGAUCAUCGAGACUCGGGUGAAGAAUUAAUUGGUCAAUUUGAACGUAUUGCUGAACAAGCCGUACGCACACCAAUGAGUACAGCUGAAUUAAUGGAAAUAAAAGCAUUUUUAGCAAAAUCUAAAACUCAAACAAUACCUGAUCUUGAAAAGCGUCUUGUACAAGCUAAAGAUGAAUUAAUUUUUCUACUUGAUAAUACUGAAUUACCACCAGCUGAUUUACGUUUAAAUACAAAUAUGUUUUCAUGGAUUGAACGUAUGCCAGCAGCAUUUGAAGAACAUGCAACUAUUGCAAAAGAAAAAGAAGAACAAUUUAAAGAAGCCUUAACAUUAAAACGUGAACGUUUUGUUGAAGAACUUGAAAAUUAUACUAAACAAGUUGAAGAACUUCAAGAAAUGGGAAAUAUUAAAGAAUUACCACGUUAUCAUAAAAAAGCACAACAUAUCGAACAAAAAUUAACACAAGCUGCUGAACGAAUUGAACAAUUCAAUGUUGAAGAAGACUCAUUCAAAUGGGAUGCAACAAAUUAUCCACUUCGUCAACAAACAUUAAAUCAAUUACAACCUUAUUUGAAACUAUAUGAAACAGGUGUUGAAUUUACUAAUAAACUUAUUGAAUGGACAGAAGGUCCAAGAGAUAAAGUUCAACCGGAUCAAGUUGAACAAGAUGUUGGUAAUUAUGAACGACAAUUAUUUAAACUUGAACGACAAUUUAAUAAUAAUCCACAACCACGUAAAAUGGCGAAUCGUUUACGUGUACAAGUUGGAGAAUUUAAAGAAAAAUUACCACUAAUACAAACAUUAUUUAAUCCUGGUUUACGUGAUCGUCAUUGGGAACAAAUAUCAUUAAUUAUAGGACAACCAUUUAAACCUGAUGAUGAUACAAAUUUAAAUAAAAUUAUUGAAAUGGAUAUUAUACAACAUAUACCUAAACUUGAACAAAUAAGUGAAGCAGCAUCAAAAGAAUUUUCAUUAGAAAAAGCUAUGGAAAAAAUGAAAAAAGAUUGGCUAAAUAUUGAAUUCUCAAUUAUUCCAUAUCGUGAAACUGGUACGUACGUUUUAUCAGCUGUUGAUGAUAUUCAAUUAUUACUUGAUGAUCAUAUUGUUAAAACUCAAACAAUGAAAGGUUCACCAUAUAUUGGUCCAUUUCAAAAAGAUAUUUUAGAUUGGGAACGUGUUAUGACAACACUUCAAGAUAUUCUUGAUGUUUGGUUAACUGUACAAAAAAAUUGGCUUUAUCUUGAACCCAUUUUUAGUAGUCCUGAUAUUAUGGCACAAAUGCCUGAAGAAGGUCGUCGAUUUGCAUCAGUUGAUAAAACAUGGCGUGAAUUAAUGAAAACAUGUUUACAAGAUAAACAUGCAUUAGCAAUAGUUAAAAUUGAUAAAAUGUUAGAAAAAUUAAAAAAAAGUGAUGAUUCAUUAGAACUUAUUCUUAAAGGUCUUAAUGCAUAUCUUGAAAAGAAACGUCUUUACUUUGCUCGUUUCUUCUUCUUAUCAAAUGAAGAAUUAUUAGAAAUUUUAUCUGAAACAAAAGAUCCAACACGUGUUCAACCUCAUUUACGUAAAUGUUUUGAAGGUAUUGAUAAAGUACAAUUUACCGAAAGUCUUGAUAUAACACAUAUGAAAUCCAGUGAAGGUGAAAUUGUUGAAUUAAAAGAAAUAAUUUCAACAGCUAAAGCUCGUGGUCAAGUUGAAAAAUGGCUACUUGAAUUAGAAGGCGUUAUGAUAGCAUCUGUUCAUAAAGUUAUAUCGGAAUCAAUUGCUGAUUAUCAAAAAAGACGUCGUGUUGUUUGGGUUGGAUCAUGGAUGGGUCAAGCUGUUUUAGCUGUUUCAAUGUUCUAUUGGACACAACAUAUUCAUCGAUCAAUUGUAGAAGGACAAAAAUCACUUGAAGCAUAUUUACAAUUAAAUAAUGAUCAAAUUAAUGAAAUUGUUGAACUUGUUCGAGGUAAAUUAUCGGAACAAAAUCGUGCAACACUUGAAGCUCUUGUUGUACUUGAUGUACAUUCACGUGAUGUUUUAACAACAUUAGUUGAUGCAAAAGUUUCAAAAGAAGAUGAUUUCUUAUGGUUAGCACAAUUACGAUACUAUUGGGAGAAUGAAAGUUUAUUAACACGGAUGAUUAAUGCCAGUUUAAAAUAUGGUUAUGAAUAUCUUGGUAAUUCAUCUCGUCUUGUUAUAACUCCAUUAACUGAUCGAUGUUAUCGUACUUUAUUUUCUGCUUUACAUUUACAUUUGGGUGGUGCACCCGAAGGUCCAGCUGGAACGGGAAAAACUGAAACAACAAAAGAUUUAGCAAAAGCAGUUGCUAAACAAUGUAUUGUCUUUAAUUGUUCAGAUGCUAUGGAUUAUAAAGCAUUGGGAAAAUUUUUUAAAGGUCUUGCAUCAUGCGGUGCUUGGUCUUGUUUUGAUGAAUUUAAUCGUAUUGAUCUUGAAGUAUUAUCAGUCGUUGCUCAACAAAUUUUAAUUAUUCAACGAGGUAUUACAUCAGGUGCUGAUAUGAUUCAUUUCGAAGGUACUGAUAUUAGACUUGAUCCAACUUGUGCUACAUUUAUUACAAUGAAUCCCGGUUAUGCUGGACGAUCUGAAUUACCAGAUAACUUAAAAGCUCUUUUCCGACCAGUAGCUAUGAUGGUUCCGGAUUAUAGUAUGAUUGCUGAAAUUAAAUUAUAUUCAUCGGGUUUUGUAAAUGCUCGACCAUUAGCUGUUAAAAUUGUAGCUACAUAUCGUUUAUGUUCUGAACAAUUAUCAUCUCAACAUCAUUAUGAUUAUGGUAUGCGAGCUGUUAUCUCUGUUUUGAUAGCUGCAAAAAAUCUCAAAUUAAAAUAUCCUGAACAAAAUGAAGAUAUUCUUGUUUUACGUUCAAUUAUUGAUGUUAAUUUACCGAAAUUUUUAGCUGGUGAUUUACCAUUAUUUGCUGGUAUAACAAGUGAUUUAUUUCCUGGUGUUAAAUUACCAAAACCAGAUUAUGAUCAAUUGAAUAUUGCUGUUGAACAAGCAUGUAAAGAUUCCAAUUUACAAUGUACACCAUUUUUCUUAGAAAAAAUUCAACAAAUUUAUGAAAUGAUGAUUGUACGACAUGGUUUUAUGAUAGUUGGUGGACCUAUGGGUGGUAAAACAAGUGCUUAUAGAACAUUAGGAGCAGCAUUAGCUUUACUUCAUGAAAAAGGUCAAAUGAAUGAAAAUAAAGCUGAAUAUACAGUUAUUAAUCCAAAAUCAGUUACAAUUGGUCAAUUAUAUGGUCAAUUUGAUCCUGUAAGUCAUGAAUGGAGUGAUGGUGUUUUAGCUGUUAAUUAUCGAAAAUUUGCUGUAUCAACAACACCUGAUCGUAAAUGGUUAAUUUUUGAUGGUCCAGUCGAUGCUAUUUGGAUUGAAAAUAUGAAUACUGUAUUAGAUGAUAAUAAAAAAUUAUGUUUAAAUAGUGGUGAAAUUAUUCAAUUAGCAAAAACAACGAAUUUACUUUUUGAACCUAUGGAUCUUGAACAAGCAUCACCAGCUACAGUUUCACGUUGUGGUAUGAUCUAUAUGGAACCAGCAUCACUUGGUUGGCGACCUGUAUUUACUUCUUGGUUAAAUAUUUUACCAGCAACAUUAACUGAAAAUCAUAAAAAAUUAAUUGUUGAAUUAUUUGAACGUUUUAUUGAUCCAUGCAUAGCAUAUUUACGUAAAGGUGGUUUAAAAGAAUUAUCACCAACAAGUGAUUCAAAUCUUGUACGUUCAUUAAUGAAUAUACUUGAUUGUUUAUUUGAUAAAUUUCAUGAUGCUAAAAAAUUUGCAUCAUAUGUAACUAAAGAAGUUUUUACAUGGAUUGAAGGAAUGUUCCUUUUUGCAUUAAUAUGGUCAAUUGGUAUAACAGGAGAUACAAAUAGCCGAGCAAAAUUUGAUCUUUUCUUACGUAAAAUAAUUGCAGCUGGAAUAAAUGAUGAAGAGAAACGAGAUUUUGGUCUUUUGGAUGCUGUUCCACCACCACCAAAACCUUAUACAGCUCUUUUACCAGAAAAUUUAACAAUUUAUCAUUAUAAAUUUAUAUCUGAACUAUCAGAAGAAGAAGCUAAUCGUGAAAAACCAGCUGAUGCUGAAGAAGGUAAUCAAUAUUGGGAACCAUGGUCAUAUCAACUUUAUAAUGUUCCACCUAUUCCAAAGGAUACAUUUUUUAAUGAAAUUAUUGUUGAAACAUUAGAUACAGUACGAUUUACAUCAUUACUUGAUAUGCUUAUAACACAUCAAAAAUCUGUACUUGUUGUUGGUCCAACUGGUACUGGUAAAUCAGCUUAUAUUAUUGAAUAUUUAUUACGUAAAUGUGAUAAAGCUGUAUACAAACCAAUAUUCAUUAAUUUUUCGGCACAAACAAGUGCAAGUCAAACACAAGAUAUAAUUAUGUCUAAAUUAGAUAAACGAAGAAAAGGUGUUUAUGGUCCACCAGUUGGACAAAAAUGCGUGGUUUUUGUUGAUGAUCUUAAUAUGCCACAAGUUGAACAAUAUGGAGCUCAACCACCAGUUGAAUUAUUACGUCAAUGGCUUGAUCAUGGUAAUUGGUAUGAUCGAAAAGAUCAAUCACGUAUUGGUCUUAUUGAUAUGCAACUUAUUUGUGCUAUGGGUCCACCAGGUGGUGGUCGUAAUGCAGUAACUGCUCGUUUUCUACGUCAUUUUAAUACACUUGGUAUUAAUGAAUUUGACGAUAAAGUAUUAACAACUAUUUUUACUAAAAUUAUGGAAUGGCAUAUUUCUGCUAAAAAUUUCAAUGAUCAAUUUAAACUUGUUAUACCAAUGAUUGUUCAAGCAACACUUAAUGUAUACAAAGCAGCACUUGCUUCACUUCUUCCAACACCAGCUAAAUCUCAUUAUAUAUUUAAUUUACGUGAUUUUUCACGUGUUAUUCAAGGUAUAUCAUUAAGUGAUCCUGAAUCAUGUCCAGAUCCAGCUGCAAUGAAACGUAAUUGGAUUCAUGAAAUUCUUCGUGUAUUUUAUGAUCGUUUAAUUGAUGAUGAAGAUCGUAAAUGGUUAUAUGAACAAGUUAUAAAAACUUCAAAAGAAGUAUUUCGUGAAAAUUUUCAUCAAUUAUUAGGACAUUUAGAUAUUGAAAAAACUGGUACUGUUACUGAAGAUAAUUUACGUAGUUUAAUUUAUUGUGAUUUUGGUGAUCCAAAAAAUGAACAACGACGUUAUUUAGAAGUAACAAAUCUUGAACAAUUACGUACAGUUAGUGAAACAUAUCUUGAAGAAUUUAAUCAAAUGUCAAAAAAACCAAUGAAUCUUGUCUUAUUUCGUUUUGCUAUUGAACAUGUAUCACGUAUAUCACGUAUUAUAAAACAACCAAGAUCACAUGCAUUAUUAGUUGGUGUUGGUGGUUCUGGUCGACAAUCAUUAACACGUCUUGCUGCACAUAUGUCUGAAAUGGACACAUUUCAAGUUGAAAUAUCGAAAAGUUAUACGAUGAAUGAAUGGCGUGAAGAUUUAAAACGUGCCUUACGUAAAGCAACGGAAACUGAUAGUCAUCUUGUUUUUCUAUUUUGUGAUACACAAAUUAAAGAUGAAUCAUUUUUAGAAGAUAUUAAUAAUUUAUUAAAUAGUGGUGAAGUACCGAAUUUAUUUCCAGCUGAUGAAAAAGCAGAAAUUUGUGAUAAAAUGCGUGCACUUGAUAGGAUAAAAGCUCAAGCUAAAAGAACUGGAUCCGGACAACGAGAUAAAGCAAAACAAACUGAUGGUAGUCCAUUAUCUCUAUUUAAUAUGUUUAUUCAACGAUGCCGAGAUCAAUUACAUAUUGUACUUGCAAUGAGUCCAAUUGGUGAUGCAUUUCGUAGUCGUUUAAGAAAAUUUCCAUCAUUAGUCAAUUGUUGUACAAUUGAUUGGUUUCAAAGUUGGCCUGAAGAUGCAUUAGAAGCUGUUGCACAAAAAUUUCUUGAAGAAACCGAUAUGACUGAUGAAGAACGUCGAUCAUGUAUAGAUAUAUGUAAAUAUUUUCAUUUUUGGUAA